GUCUUCUUUCUCUGUCAUUUCCCUUUUCAGAUUCGAUUCGAAACCCUAAACCUACAACCUGCUAUUUCUGCGAAAUCAAAAGCGAAUCAGGCUUUAAACUUGUAACCAUCGAAUCUUUCAAUCGAAUCUGUUGAUAUAUCCAUUCAAUGGAUGCCGAACCUGGAACUGGGCAUACGAACCGGAAGGUACCAGAAGUUAUACCCGAAGUCAUAGAUCUGGAGUCUAUGGAGAUCGAGGAUAAGAUUGAAGAAAAGAGUGGUGACUACCUGCCAAUGUAUAUCCACAUUGGUGGUAGUUUUAAACACGACCGCGAUGGUAACCGUAUAUAUGUUGAUGGGGAGUGUGAUACAUGGCAAGUGAAUCCGGAGUUGUUAACAGUUUGGGAGUUUUAUGAGAAAGUUAGAAUUGGUAGAUAUGAUGUUGAUCUAGUGGAAGGUAUUUAUUAUCUUGAACCAAGCAAAUCACUGGAUGAUGGUUUAAAGCAAAUUAUUGGAGACGACACAGUUAGGGAAGUGUUGGAUGUGAUGAAGGGACAUGGUGAAGUUCAUAUAUAUGUGGAUCACAUCCCCAACUUUGCUGAAAUAGUUCCUGUAUCUCCUAUUUUAAUGCUCCCAGCACCUGGUGAUCCUUUAGAACCUGCACCUGGUGAUCCUUUAGAACCUGGUGGUGGGGUUUGUAGUGAUGCUGGUGGUGGGGUUUGUAAUGAUGCUGGUGGUGGGGUUUGUAGUGAUGCUGGUGGUGGGGUUUGUAAUGAUGCUGGUGGUGGGGUUUGUAGUGAUGCUGGUGGUGGGGUUUUUAGUGAUGCUGGUGGGCUUUAUAGUGAUGCUGGUGGGAGUAGGAUCAAUGAGGAUGAGGCAUUUCAUGAGGUUGGUGAAAGGAGGGACAAUAACAGUGAUGAACAGGAUGGAAUAUUUAAUGAGGCUGGUAGUUAUAGGAGCACAGAACAUGGGGACCACUUUGUUGCUGGUAGUAGUGAUGUCCAGAAUGAUUGUUUUCCUCAACAACCUGCUGAUAUAGAUAAUGUUGAAGAACUUGAGGAAAAUGAGUAUGAGCAUGGGCUUGAGGAUUUUCCUGAGUUGUCUGACAAUGAAGAUGAGGAGACUAUUCUAGCAAGGGAUAAUUUGAGGCAUUACAGUUCGACUCAACAGCAUGCUGAUAAUAUAAACAUUGCUGUUCAAGGUGAGGAUGAUGCAGAAAUACACUCUGGUGAUGAAGUAAGUUACCAAACCACAAGUGAUGAAGAGGACAGUGAAGCAGAACAUGGUGUCAGAAGAAAAGCAAGGCAUCCUGUCUUUGAUGAAAGUGAAGGCAACCAGGAAAUUGAGCUUGGUAUGAUAUUUCUUAAUAAGAAACAAUUCAAGAAAGCUGUGGGUCAAAUGAGCAUCAGGGAAGGGAGAGAGAUUACAUGGAAAAAAAAUGAUAAGCUCCGGAUGAGGGCAGUGUGCAAGAAUGAGAAAUGUGACUGGAAGAUUCUACUGGCGAUGGACACUCCUACAAAUUCUUGGAUGGUAAAAACUUUCUAUAAUAGUCACACAUGCUCGAGGACUGUUACAAAUAAAGUUUGCACAUCAUCUGUUGCUGCUGAUCAUCUGGUUAAGACAAGAGGAGUAGCUUCCCUGCGUAUGAAUAGGGGAGAUGUUUUUGAGUCAAUUCGGGAUGAUUUAGGUGUGGAGUUGACACCUGUGCAACGCAAGAAGACAAAGGAUAAGUUGAAGAAGAAAUUUGAAAGUGUUUCUAAUGCUGAAUACAGCAGGUUAUUUGAUUACGCAAAUGAGCUUAGGUCAAAAGAUCCAGAAGCAAGUGUUGUGCUUCAAUGUUGUAGACAAUCAGCAGAUACAACUCCUACAUUCUUAAGGAUGUACGUCUGUUUCAGUGCGUUGAAGAAGGGGUUUCUUGCUGGAUGCAGACGUGUAAUAGGAGUUGAUGGUGCAUUCCUCAAAGGUGCCUACAAAGGAGAGUUGCUGACUGCUGUUGGACGGGAUGCAAACAAUCAGAUGUACCCGAUUGCUUGGGCUGUAGUGGAGGUUGAGAAAAGGGAGACAUGGGAAUGGUUUUUUGAAGAACUGAGGAAAGAUUUGCUCAUGGGUGAUGGAAGCAGGUUUUGCAUUAUGUCUGACCAACAAAAGGGACUUGUUAAGGCUGUGGAGGAGCUCUUCCCAUGUGCUGAACACAGGUUCUGUGCUAGACAUAAGUACAGCAAUUUUAGGAAGCAGCAUAAAGGCAAGGAGCUGCAAAAGGCAUUUUGGAAGUGUGUUAAGGCACGAACCAUACCUGAGUUUACCAAAGCUUUGGAUGAGUUGACAUCAUUGAAACCUUCUGCAAGGGAAACUAUGUUCAACACAGACCCAAAGCAUUGGUGUAGAGCGUUCUUCCAAACAGAGACAAAGUCAGAUAUAGUUGAUAAUAACAUGUGUGAGGUUUUCAAUGGAUUGUUGGUUGAAUCAAGACAUAAGGCUAUUGUCUCAUUGCAUCAAGAUUUGAGGGCAUUUUGUGGUCAAAGGACAGUGGCAAGAAGGGAAUUUGGGGAUAGAAAGUUUGUAGAUGAUUUUGGUCCAAGAACAUGGGAAAAGCUGGUAGCAAAUACGAGGGGAAGCAGAAGGUGCAAAUUCUUGUGGCCGGGGAGUAACUGUUAUGAAGUUCAAGAGAAUGGUGCGGAUGUAUACAUGGUUAAUGUGGAUGAAAGAAAGUGCACAUGCAGGGAAUGGGAUCUCACUGGAAUCCCUUGUAGGCAUGCCAUGGUAGCUAUUAACGCUAGGAAGGAAAAAGCAGAAGAUUAUGUAUCACAUUGGUAUAGGAAGGAGAAGUUUAAAGCUGCUUAUGAGUAUGCUGUACCUGUAACUGAAGGGAUGAAUCAGUGGGAGAAAACUGGAAUGCCACCUGUUCAACCCCCACCAGCUAGGAAAAUGCCAGGAAGGCCAAAAGGGAAGAGGGUUUUGGAAGAAUGGGAAGGGCACACUAACGUGAGUCGAAAAGGGAGACAGAUGACUUGUCAAAAGUGUUUCCAAAAAGGACACAAUUCAAGAAAAUGCAAAGCACAAGGACCCACCACUGCCCCUCAACCUGAAAAUGCCAAUGCAAGUGAAGAGCAAGUUCCUGUUGAAGAUUCCCAACAUCCCACAACAGUCACUGAAAAUGAUGAUUCUCAAAUUCCUUUGAGUCAAGUGGUGAACCCAACGCCUGUCAAUGAUCCAAUGUCUGUGCAGAAUCAGAAUGAAGAGAAUACCAAUCCAGCAACUGUCCAGCAACAAAAAAAUAGAGCUCAAAAACUUGCAAAAAGGAAAAACAAGAAGGGCCAAAGGAGUUCAGCAUCAGCAACUGCAAAUCCCCCUGCAGCUGCACCACAUGCCACUGUAGAAACUCCGCAACAACCUAAAAAAAGAGUGAAGACAACUGCAAAAGAACCACCAAGACAUAGGGCAAAAAGUGUUGGUAAUAGGUCAAACCAAUAAAAAAGGAAGUUGUUGCAAUAUGUUUGUUUGAUACUGGAUAAUUGGUAGUAUAUUUUGCUUUGUGCUUGUGUUUGGCAAAUAUGAGACAUUUGAUUGGCAAGCUAGUUUUUGGUAUAUGCUUGAUACUUGACACUGAAAAUGAGAGAUUUUUUGUGUGUAAGCAUUGCUUGAUACUUUGUACUAUGUGUAUCUAAUCUUUGUUUUUUUGGUAAUUUAUGUGUAUCUUGCAUGUUUGGUUUUAUGCACUUAGUGCCCAGCAUUUGGAAAAUAUGCAUUAAAUUUCCCUAAUUUCU